AUGAAAACACGUGUUGGAUUAGUAUUCAUACCUAUUAUUUGUGCAUUGUACAUCACUUUUUGUAAUGCUGACUUUCCGAAUUUUGAGUGCACCGCUAACAGAUAUGGAGAAUUUACUCCUGACGAUGAAAGUAAUUGUCAUUACUAUUUCUGUACGGCUCGUCGUAAUUGGUCACAUAGGAAGUGUGAAGGUGGGGGGUCAGUCCCCAGGAGCUUUGUGAAGAGAUUCAAGAACAACUCUACUAGGGUCAACCCAUGCAGGACUUAUGAUAAAAAUUGUAAACAAACUGCUGCCGCAUUGAAAGAGGUGACAAAAAGACCAUCGUAUACCCCUAGACCUAUAGAAUGUAAAGAAGUACAACAACGAGGUUGUAGAUCAGAGGGGGAAUGCUGCGAUGGUUUACAGGGUACCAGUUUACUAUGCAAAGAAAGUAUAUGCUGUGUGCCUGAGCGUGGGCCAUGUGUGGAGGAUGAGGAUUGCUGUAAAGGUGGAAAAUUAAAAUGUACUGAAGGCCGUUGCAUUGCAAUUAAUUGCCCAUACCCGAUGCCAUCUCCAAAUUGUGGCAUUACCUCAAGGAGUGCAAAUAAUGACAAUGGAAGAUUCAAAGUGGGAGAAAGGGUUUAUUUCAAUUCAGAUCCUUGUUAUUCAUUGGAUACAAGUGAUGGAAGUGGUGAAUUCGUGGAGUGUAUGCCAGAUGGGACAAUCAAUCCCAAAAUCCCGAGAUGUAAAGAAAUAGUGUGCGACGAAGUGGAGGCGCCUGACAAUGGAGAGCGUGAUCCUAGUCAAGGACCUGACGUCUGCGGAAGUUCUGUUGGGUUUGAUUGCGAUAACGGAUAUGAGUUGAAGGGCGCUGAAGAAAUUCAAUGCACGGAGGAUGGUUGGACUAACAUUCCCCCCGUCUGUACAGACGAGGCUGAAGAAGAAGAAUGCGCGGAUUUGCAUGAGCAAUGUCAUCGUGGAGAAAACGCUGGAAAUGGUGCACUGCCAUGUUGCGAAACCAACAAUCUAAAAUGUUCCAGGGCAUCAACCUGUUGUGUAGAGAAGCAAGGGGGCUGUUCUAAUGAUACUGACUGUUGUAUCGGUUUGAUAUGUACCACUCGAAAGAAAUGUGAACCUCCUAUCUCCUUUGUAUGUAAAGAACCAGUCGAUAUUGUCUUCGCAGUUGACACAUCGUGCUCCAUUAUCCCGAAUAACAAGGAGACCAUGCGAACAUUUAUGGCAGAAAUGGCUAGAGCGGUUGAGCUAACAACAGACCCGAAUCGUGGAUUUCAAAUCGGUGCAUUGACAUUUAACUCAGAAACGACGCCCGUAACUUACUUAAAUGAUGCGAGCAAUCCUGAAAAAGUAAUAACUACAAUAGAACACAUGGAACUGAAUCUUGCAAAUGAUAAACUUUGCAGCACUCACACGUUUGAUGCGUUAAAAAUGAUAGAAACAGAAUUUUUCACUGCUGAAAAAGGGGAUCGGCCAAACGUAAAGAACACAGUCGUACUGGUAUCAGAUGGCGCAACAAAACCAGAUCAUAAAAAGAAUGACACGUUGAAGAACUCGGAUGAUCUCCGGAAAAAGGCUGAAAUCCUUAUUGUUGGCUUACCACAAAAAUGCAAGAAGAAUAAACCCAAUUGUGCUCCAAAAUUUGUAGGCUUUGAUGAGUUCAUACACAUUGUAGGCGGUUAUCCAGGUUUACCAAAUGUGUACAGUUUUAAGUUUUUGGAGCUCAGACUUGCAUUAGAAGCUAUUGGAAAGGCUUUAUGUGGACCAGAUGGCGUUAAAACAAAUCAAUAAUUUAAAUCCAUUUUAUUGAAUAUCUUGUCGAAGUGGGUGUGUAAAGAACUGUAAC